UUUGUUUACAAUAUACCAAGCAAUUUGAAUCGUAGGUAAUUUUCACGUCGUUUUAUGUCGGAUUCAAAUCGAUCUAGGGUUGCGAAAAUUAGUUUAAAAAGAUCAAUAGUCCGUCAUGGCCGGCGAUCAAAAGAAUAAAAAAUUUAAUAGAGGGGAUCUUGUUUGGGCCAGGGUAAAAGGAUUUCCUCCAUGGCCUGCCAAAGUGACAAAGCCAAAAGACGACGAUAUAAAAAUUCCAACCUCAGGAACACAUGAAUUUGUAACAUUUUAUGGAUCAGACACAUACUCCUUUGUUCACCCUGAUCUUUUAUGGUCGUAUGAGGAAUUCAGAGAGAAAUACCUCAUAAAGACCAAAAUCCCAGAAGGUUUUCAAGAUGCAGUUGAUGAAAUCGAGGCCACUGUGAAGAGAAGGGCAGCCAGGGCUGCUGGAGAGGUCGUUGAGGAUUCUUCGGAUUCGUCUGCUGAAUCUGAAUCUGCCAAAGAAGAAGUCCGUGAAGAGGUAGAAGUUGAAGAAAAUAAAGGCAGACGACACCUACCUAGGAGAAAAUCCUCCUUACUUUUCAUGCAAAAACAACAGCAACAGCAAGAAGAAGAAGAGAAAAAUGAUGAAGAAGAUGAAGAAGACGAUGAUGAAAUUGAUUAUGAUGGUGCCCACAAACACGACGACGAUGAUGAAGAUGAAAAUAUUGAAAUGGUGUCAGUUUCCAGCUCAUCUAAAAAGAGAAAAAGUACUGUGAGUGUUAAAUCAGGGGAAACAAAAAAGCGAAAAUCUUCAACAGAUAAGAGGUCAGAAGUCAAAGUUAAGGUCAAAAAAGUUCACAAAAAAGACAAACUCGAUCAUUCUAGAGCCCAUGAUGUUGACAGAAAUGACCAACAUGUCAGCGAUUCUGUCAAAAAGGUCAAAAAGGCCAAAAACGUCAAGGAGAAUGAAAUUGUUGUGCCCAAAACAAACGAGAUUGUUGAAAAGUUCCUCUCAUUGUCUAAGCAUUUGAAUAAGAUUGCCUUUGAAUUUACUUCCUCAACCUUCCUUCCCGAUGUGCUCCCCAGACCGAUCCAGGAAACAUUCACAAUUGGCUUCCUCGGUCUCGGAAAAAUGGGAACAACCAUCGUUAAUCGACUGCUAAACUCCGGCCUCAAAGUUAUGGUCUGGAAUAGAACGCCAUCUAAGUGCAAGUACUUUAUGGAGUUAGGGGCAGAAAAAGGUAGCACCCCAUCUGAAGUAGUGCAGACGUCUGACAUAACCAUAUCCUGUGUCAGUGACGCCAGGGCACUUAAAGAUUUGAUAUCUGGAACCAAUGGGGUGUUGGAGUCCAUCUCACCGGGGAAAUCAUUUGUAGACAUGUCAACUGUUGACGUUUUAACAGUUACGGAACUCCACGAGUCCAUAACGAGUAGAGGUGGAAAAUUCCUGGAAAGUCCCAUCAUUGGGAGUCUGGAUUCCAGCAUGGAGGACGUCGUUGUCGUUGCAUCCGGAGACAAGGAACUGUUUGACGACUGCUGCUCUACUGUCUUCAAUUCCAUCUCUAAGAAGGCAUUCUACCUGGGCGGCAUAGGGAGUGCGACGUGCAUGAAGCUUGUAGUGAACAUGUUGCAGGGGACAUUACUGGCCGGUCUUGCUGAAACCUUGGCUCUGGGAGAAAAAUUAGGACUGGACCAGUCACAGGUACUCAACAUACUCACUCUGCUGCCUAUCUCAUCCCAGUUGAAUUCUCUCAAGGGAGACGCAAUGAUAACGAACCAGUUGAGUACUAGACAGCUGUCACUGGAGCACAUGCAGAGAGACAUCAGGCUGGCAAUAUCUCUUGGAGAGCUUGUACAACAGCCACUCUACAUCACAACAGCCACCAAUGAACUAUUCAAAAAAGCAAAAGCCAGAGGCUACGGAGACCACGACACAGCCGCUAUCUACAGAGCCACCGACUGAAUUGGUCUCACUCGCACACAAAUGUAUCAGUUUGACUGGAAAAAAAUACAAUUAUUAUUAAUAUGUUAAUAUUGACAAUUAUGAAAUGUAAUAUUCUUAUUAAAUGAAAAUUAAUUAUAUAUAUUUAUAUCAAUAUUAAAUUCAUAUAUGUACCCACACACAUGGUUUUCAACUUAUUUAGUAAUAAUAUUUUCAGGUAUGGUUAUUUUUCGGCUUUGAGAGUUUUUAAUUAAGAGCCACUUUUGUUUGAAUUCGUUUCUUUCUUGCAUUAGCAUACAAAAUUACUUGUUGACUUUAAUGGGCUUUACUAGCAUAAGAGGUAUGUAUACACUCAUACACAUUCAUGUGCACUCAUGAACGUACACGCAAAUGUACACUUACACUGAAUAGGACAGAUUGCACACAGCCUUUGAUAACUUUCAUGAUUCUACUUAGCCAAACUCUAAUUAACCCAAGGUAGAAAAAAAAAUUUUUUUAAACCCUGCUAUAAAUUACACAACCACCGUUCCCCAUCAAAUCUACAUCAUUGUAACUAGGACACAUUAUUAUUACUACAAUUAUGUACGCUGUAUGGUGCAAGGAUCACAAAUCAUUCGUGUGAUAGAUUUGCUGAAAUUGUCGCUAGUUUAAAAUUAUGCAAAUCCACGAAAAAUGUACCCGGAUUCGCAUCGCACGGUGCCCCGCGGUUGUGGUGAUUAUUGUUGUUAAUGUCUUGUCCUCGUUAGGUUUUGUUAUUUAUACUGAAUGAAUUAAACAAGGAAAACGUUAAAUACAACAAAAUUUACUGU